CAGUAUGACAUGCAGAUGAGUGCCGUCGAUCUUAGAAUCACCGCACACUUCACUCAUUUGGGCAGUCACGGGGCCAAAACCAGAGUGUGGAGCCACAGUGUUGGGCAGGUGGAGGCCAGCAGCAAUGGGAGGCCAUACAGCACCCUAUGACAAAAAUGGAACCCACCAGCAGUGUGAGGAGACCUGAAAGUGGCACAUGGCAGAGUGUGGCGAUGGAGACAGCAGCAAUGGGAGGCCGUACAGGGACCCAUGAGAGACUGUGGACCUGGCAGCAGCAUGAGGAGGCGGUAUACAGGGGCCCAUGGCAGAUUAGGGGCCUGGCAGCAGCUAUGGGAGGCCCGUAAUCUGCCAGCACCCUAUGACAAAAAUGGAACACACCAGCAGUGUGUGAGGAGACCUGAAAGUGGCACAU